UCUUUCAUACAGCAUCACUCCUAUAGUUUUUUUUUUUUUUAAAAAAAAAAGAAAAAAAAGAAAAAGAAAAAAAGAAAAAAAGAAAGAAGAAAAAUAUGCCAAAAGCGCGACUUAGGAAAGCAUAGACAUACCUCUUCCAAGCUGCCCUCUUCAAUAUCACCCAAUAAUUGAGCACCGACGUGUUUCGCCGUUGCCACGUUCCUAUUCAUCCUCCUUUUCUUUCCAUUCACGUAUAUCACAUAUUAAUAAAAGAGAGAGAGAGAAAGACGAAGAGAGAAAGACAGAGUCGAUAUGGCACCCCCGUGCCGAGUCUUCCCAGCCUCCCGGCUCGAAUCCGAGAUCCAAGCGACCGAGGGCCGCGCGCGCAAAGGCGGGCGGGUCGACCUGUCGGCCUGCGAGCUCUUCUCGAUGGUCCAGUACGAGUGCCAGAUCGAUCGCCCGGACGUGUCGAAUAGUCCGGUGCGGUGCUGGCCCGUGCAGCGAUGGUUUCGCCGAUGUCAGGAUAAGAAGGGGAGUUUUAUGGUUGAGACAACGAUUUGGGAGGGGACCAAGAGAGAUGAGAGUCGCAGCGGGGAUACACAGAUACAUUGACGUAUAAUUUUAUGAU